AUGUCGAAGGCAUCAAACAUUUUGCCUCAAGUGCAGCCGACCACCGGACCAGAUGGUUUAAUUUCCACGGGUGUCUAUGAGGCUGGUGCAACUGCGGCUGGACUUUUACUUGAUCUUCCUGCGCCGUUCGUCAAUGCUCCCGCUGGUCGGCGUACGCUUAAGAUCGUGCGGUCUUAUCAAUCUGAUUCAGGUCAAACUUAUACGCGUACAGAGCUCGUCGCUUGGUCUUCGGUUGUUGAAAUAUACCUAAAGAUAAGACAAACUCGUGAUGAUGAUUUUAUCCAACAAUUUGUCGGUUCGGACGAUCAAAUCAGGGAGCAGCAGCGCAGAGAAAAGCGCCGUAUCCAGGUAAAGUGUAUUUGUCUGCAUUUUUAUCUGCUUACAAUUUAUGGCUCUCUAAGUAGAAUUUUGUCACAAUAA